UCUAAUAAGCAAGAUGUCUACUAAUGAGAAUGCUGGUACACCAACAGCGAGACUGAACAGAUUCAAGAAUAAGGGAAAAGACACUACAGAAAUGAGAAGACGGCGUAUUGAAGUCAAUGUGGAGCUGAGGAAAGCUAAGAAAGAUGACCAGAUACUGAAAAGAAGAAAUGUUAGCACUUUUCCAGAUGAUGCCACUUCUCCCCUUCAGGAAAACAGGAGCAAUCAGGUUUCAGUACACUGGUCAGUUGAAGAAAUAGUCAAAGGCGUUAAUAGUAAUAACAUGGAGCUUCAGCUACAGGCUACUCAAGCUGCCAGGAAACUCCUUUCAAGAGAGAAGCAGCCCCCAAUAGACAACAUAAUUCGGGCUGGUUUGAUUCCCAAGUUUGUCUCCUUCUUGGGCAGAGCAGACUGUAGCCCCAUUCAGUUUGAAUCUGCCUGGGCACUCACCAACAUUGCUUCUGGCACUUCAGAGCAAACAAAGGCAGUAGUAGAUGGAGGGGCUAUUCCUGCCUUUAUCUCGCUGCUGGCCUCUCCCCACACUCACAUCAGUGAACAGGCUGUGUGGGCACUAGGAAAUAUUGCAGGGGAUGGUUCUGCCUAUAGAGAUCUGGUUAUUAAAUAUGGUGCAAUUGAGCCACUGCUGAGUCUACUAGCUGUUCCUGAUCUCUCUUCUCUGGCUUCUGGAUAUUUGCGCAAUGUUACCUGGACCCUCUCAAACCUGUGUCGCAAUAAGAAUCCUGCACCACCCAUAGAAGCAAUUGAGCAGAUUCUUCCAACUCUUGUUCGGCUCCUGCACCAUGAUGAUCAUGAGGUGUUAGCAGACACAUGCUGGGCAAUUUCCUACCUAACAGAUGGUUCCAAUGACAGGAUAGAAAUUGUAGUGAAAACUGGCCUGGUGCCACAACUUGUGAAACUCCUGGGAUGUAGCGAACUGCCAAUAAUGACUCCUUCAUUAAGAGCCAUAGGAAAUAUCGUCACUGGUACUGAUGAGCAGACACAGAUUGUUAUUGAUUCAGGAGCACUAGCUGUUUUUCCAAGUCUUCUUUCUCAUCAUAAAAACAACAUUCAGAAAGAAGCAGCAUGGACCAUGUCCAACAUCACUGCUGGACGUCAGGAUCAGAUUCAGCGAGUUGUAGACCAUGGUCUUGUGCCAUAUCUCAUUGGUAUUCUGAGGAAGGGGGAUUUCAAAUCUCAGAAGGAAGCUGUGUGGGCUGUGACUAACUACACAAGCGGGGGAACAAUUGACCAGAUCGUGUAUCUUGUUCAAGCUGGUGUCGUUGAACCCCUACUGAAUCUUCUCUCGGCUAAAGACAGCAAAACUGUGCUAGUCAUCUUGGAUGCUAUUUCUAAUAUCUUCUUGGCUGCUGAGAAGAUUAAUGAGACAGAAAAACUUUGCCUCAUGAUUGAGGAAUGUGGGGGUCUAGACAAAAUUGAAGCUCUCCAGUCACAUGAAAAUGAAGAAGUGUACAAAGCUUCAUCCACCCUGAUUGAGAAAUACUUCUCAGCAGAAGAGGAGGAAGAUCAAAAUGUUGUUCCAGAAUCUACUGCUGCCAGCUACACUUUCCAAAUCCAGGGCAAUACUCCAAAUACUUUUAACUUCUAGGCUUUGCAUAUUCUGCAACCACCUGCAAGUUUGGCACAAAUGACUGCCACCUCUGUCUUAAUAGUUCCUCUUGUUCUUACUGUG